CCAUUUCUAUCCACUUGCUUGGGCCGUUGUAGAUAAAGAAACUAAAAGAACUUGGAACUGGUUUCUGGAGCUGCUGAAACAUUCUUUGGUCUUAAAAAGUUGGGUGAAAAUGUCACUUUUAUAUCAGAUAUGCAAAAGGUUUAUUGAAUGUUGUUACUAAUGUAUGCCCAAAAGCAAAUCACAAAUGGUGUAUUCGGCAUAUUGAAGCUAAUUUGAGCAAAAAUUAAAGAAGCGGAGAGUUGAAAAAGCUUCUUUGGUGGUGUGCUUGGAGUACAUAUGAGGAGGAGUUGAAAGAUCAACUUACAAAAAUGGGUGAGUAGAAUAAGAAGGUUGCUAAGGCCUUGGUGAGCUAUCCACCAGAAAAAUGGUGUAGAGCAUAUUUUGACACCAAAUGCAAAAAUUUCAUGAUUGACAACAACUUCGCGGAGUCCUUCAACUCAUGGAUUGUAGAGGCCAGACAAAAGCCAAUCAUAAAGAUGCUGGAAGAAAUAAGGGUGAAGGUAAUGAACAUGUUAAGGAAGCAUGAGGCUGAAGUUAAAAGUUGGAAGAAUGAGUUUUCACCACAUGCAAUGCAUCUCUUUAAUGACUACAAGGUCAUUGCCCAACGAUGUAAGGUUGAGUUUAAUGGAUGUUGUGGAUAUGAAGUGACCGAGGGUGUGGAUAGGCAUACAAUCAAUAUAAAACUUAAAAGAUGCUCAUGCAGAGUAUGGGACUUAUCUGAAAUACACUGGUGGUACUCUAAUAAAGCGUAUUUGAAGGUAUAUAAGCACAAGAUCGAACCAGUUAGAGGUGAAAACUUUUGGAAGAUUGAGCCGCACCAUGCCAUGAAGCCUCCUACUUUAGCUAAGAUGGCUGGUAGACCAAAGAUGAAGAGAACAAGAGAGAAGGAUGAGGUUAAGAAUAGGCAGGGGGCUUGGUCAGCUUCUAGAAAAGGAAUGUUAAUGACUUGUGGUUAUUGUGGUGAACCAAAUCAUAACAGAAGAAAAUGUCCAUUGCUCAAUGAUAAGCACGAGGACGUCUUCCAAGAUGAAGAAAACUCUCAAGAAUCUCAUAAUGUGCCCUUGACAGAAUCAGAUAACACUCAAGAAAGUGCAUGUUUCUUCAUUCAUGUUCCUGGUUUAAGUCAGAUCUCUAGCCAGAGCUCUAUUGUAGCAGAGCAUGAUUCAGAUCCUACUAUAUAUCCUAAAGUGGUGUCUGAAAGUAAUUUUAGACUUCAUGAGAGACUGAAGAAAAUAAAUACUGGGACGAGAAAGAUAACUUUCCAGGGAGAUCAUAAUGGUAUAUCAAUGCCGACCAACCUUCCAUAUUCACCAAAAAAAGUAACUUGGAAAUGGAAAGAAGUAAUGACUUCAAACCAGUUACAAGCUACAAGGGAGAGAAAAAUUGGCAAACUUAAGCCUAUAGGGGGCAAAGGGAUGUAGAAUUUGUUUUGUAUUUAGUGUCAUUAAGUGUUAUGUAAGGAGAGAAUGAAACAAUGACUCCAAACAACUAGUGUUUUUUGCUGAUUUUUGUACUCUUAAUGAUUGUUAGACAACUACAGUAAUGACUCCAAGCAACUUGUGUUUUUGCUGAUUUUUGUAUUAUUAAUGGUUGUUAGACAACAAUCGACUCCAAAGUGUUACCUU